AUAUGAAUCGGAUUCGGAGCUCCGGGACUCCAUAUAUGGUGGGCGCUGCCCCAUGGACACAGCGUAACGUCCGUAGUUCCGUACAGUACAUGUUUGGUUUCGAUCCCAUGGCGCCCGGCGGAAGGAGCAGCGGCGGCAACGCGGUGGACGCGGCGGAGAGGCUUCACAGGCUCGCCGAGCAGCGCUUCCUCGUCGGCGACGUGGCCGGGGCGCUCCGGGCGGCGCGGGAGGCCCAGGCGCGCUGCCGGGCGCUCCAGGGGCUCGCGCACGCCCUCGCCGCCUACGAGGUCCACGUCGCCGCGGCCGUCUCCCGCGCCAGCGGCAGGAACUGGUACGCCGUCCUCAGCGUCGGCGCCCGGACGUCGCUGCCGAGCGGCGGCGUCGGCGUCUCGCACGAGGACGUCAAGCGGCGGUACCGCCGGCUCUGCCUCGUUCUUCACCCCGACAAGAACCGCUCCGCCGCCGCCGACGGCGCGUUCAAGCUGCUCCAGCAGGCGUGGGGGGCGCUCUCGGUCGGCCAGCGCCACGGGAGUCACCAGGCCGCGCUCUGCCCCGACGCCGUCGCCGCGACCCCGCCCGCCACCACCUCCCGCUCCUGCCGCGAAGCCUAGCAACCACACCCGACCACCGCCGCCCGCCGCCAACAACGCGCCCAGGGACGACGACAGGCGGCGAGCCGGCGCCGGAGACACGUCUCACAGCCGGCCACCGCCACCAGCCGCCCACGCAACCAAGGCCGAGAGAGCCAGCGCGGACACGACGCGUCACGCGCCGGCGUCUGACGCGAAGCCCGGCACCCACAGCGGACCACCGCCACCGGCAGCCUCCGCCGCCCACACGCCCAAGGACGAGGGGUCCGGCACGGACACGCACACGCCGCCGCGGCGCCAGGGGAGCGGGAACAGCAGGAGGUUCCCGUGCCCGGCGCAGUGCGUGCACUGCGGCGCGCGGUUCGCGUCGUCGACGGUGUCCGUGGGCACGUGGCACCUCCACUGCGCGGCCUGCCACAGGUACGCCAAGGUGUGCGUGCGCAGCCCUUCCAACGCAGAGAUCUACAGGUGAAGCUGCGACCACGACCACGAUGGAGAGGGACGGACCAGAUGAUGAUACCAUAUCCUAGCUGGUAUGCCAUUGUUAGUUCACUCGUCAAUGUUUCCUUCCGUUUUUUUUUUCUUCUUCUCAGGAGAGGAUGUGUGCUGCGUACGAACGUGUUCAUGUCUGAAAUCCUCGGCGGCAAGAUGAGGUGCUAUAUAUUCUAAUAGGUAGGAGAGGAGAGGAAGACAUGCUAUGCUAUAUGCUAUGUACUCACUUGGUUCGGUCUUCAGUUGGUUUGUCAAUUUCCAGCACUACUCCUUAUUAAAUUUCAGUGUUGUUUCGCUCAGUGUCUUGUCGCGUCCCAGAGAAAUGAUCGAUGCAACGAGUUCAGUGGUAAAGCAGAUCCGCUCUCCCGGCUGGCCAAGAGGACAGAGUACGAAGGAUCCUUAUGGGAACAGUUGAGUUUGAUCCAUCUUGCGCAGGUACCUAUUA